CCUUAAUCGCUUUGUGCUUACUAUAAAAAGUAUUUCAUUAUUUUUGCUGCGGUCAGUCUGGUUUCAACCUUUGCUUGGAGUGUUUGUGUUUUUUUUUUCUAAGGAAGCUUUAAGAACCGAAACAUGUUUACAAACAUCUUUUUCGUAGCGUUGUUUGCAACCUUGGCUGCUGGUCAACGGCCUACAUUUGCUGGAAGCAGACCGAUAGGAUACCCAGAGGUGAUUAAGACGACCACAGAAGGAUUGGGAAAUAGGUUUGGUGAAGAUGAUGCCACAACAGUAAGAUUACCGGUUGAAGCGAAUGGCGACAGAGAUUUAGUAGAUAGACUCAGCAAGUUGCCUAUAGAUCAACAACCAUUCUGGUUUAUAAACUGGCAAGCAUAUGAAGCACACAGGAAAAAUCCACAGACUUAUCCACAGAAACCCAAUAUUUUCGUCAACCCACCCACGAGUAACAACAUGAAUUUCAAUCCGCCAAACAACAAUUUCGCUCCGCCAAACAACAAUUUCGCUACGCCAAGCAACAAUUUCAACCCGCCAAACAACAAUUUCAACCAGAAUAUCAAUAACCCAACUUCCAAUCCGGGUAAUCAGCAAGUCAUGCCAACAGGCAAUAAUGAACUCAGUAAUCGUAAUCUAGAUAGUUCAGAUUCGCUUGUGCCUACAGAGAAAAUUGAUGCACAGAACAACCCACAAGAGUACAUAAUUGUUAAUGGAGUUCUUUAUAAAAAAGUGGAUUCUCAAAAAACAACUAAUUAAUUGUUGAAUAUUAGUUUACGAUGAACUCAUUAAUAAACGGUAUAAGUGAAUGUUAUUAUAAAUGUAAAUUGUCAAGACAAACUUAACUGUUACUGUUGUAAAAGGGCUUAUAUUUGACAAAUAUUAUUUUAUAUCUAAAUGUGCUGUGAUAUAACUAACAAUCAUUUUUUUUUUAAUUCUUUAAUCGUAUAGUAUACAGAUAAUUUAUAGAUAAUACAUUUCAAUACCGACAGCAAAACUCUU